UUAGACAAGACUGCCCACACACGGGAGCUAAAAGGUAACAAAGAACUACCCAGGUUCAAAGAACACAAAAUCAGCUCACCAGCUUAUAAAACUGCAUGAGUACAUGCUCUGAAAGAUAGCUGCCUAUCCUUUGGGAUUACUGACACAUCUUGAACACAUCUAAGAACGAUAACAGUAGAAGCGUUUGAAAGAGCAAGGAGAAAUCUUAUACAUCGUCCCAUUUUAAAUUCAUGUAGCAUUCUCGAGCAAGAAGAUUCAUAGUGUGGCUUACAGUUGGGGACAAAUGGACACAGAUAUCCACAGCACUUCUCAGUGUGUUUAUAAUAGGCUUGCACAGGAGAUGUGCUCAAGCUUAACAGGAGUGGCUAUCGUCUUCGAAAGGGAAAAAGUUCAUUAGCUUUAUGCACAAAAUGUGAUUAAUCACAGGUGAUUAUGUUUAUCAUGAGAAAACCAGUCAUGAUUUCAAACAGUAAAUGUAACAUUAUUGAAAUUCUAACAUCAAUAUAUGGAAAUAUGCUCCUGUCUGAGAAGUCAUUACUGAUGACAAAUACAUGGAGUAGGAAAUUGCUUCCAUGGUUCAAGACAGAUGCUGUGUCUUGUAAUGGAAGGCAUCAGACAACUGAGCAAAGAUACUGAAAGGGUGAGUUAGUGGAAAUUAAAAAAUCAUAUUAAGUGGUUUGACAGAUUGAAUUACAAACCUGAUGAUUCAUUGGCUCUGACAGAUGAGCCAUGUGUGCUAAAGGCAAGGCUAUUGCAAGACAUCUUGACAUAAGAUCUGCUUUCUGAUCUCUCCCUUGCUCUGCUCCCUUCCCCCAGCCCCCUCGGCACUCUGAAGCUGCUCCGCUCUGCAAACACGGCCCGAUGCCAACUCCGCAUCCCGCCCUCACCGUGCGUCCCACAACACCCAGGGAUUCGAGCUCAUUUUUGGUACGUAAAAGAACACGUAAAUCCGCACUAAAACCGUGCAAACGCCUGGCACAGCUCGGAGCAAGGGGGCAGCUCCCGCUCUCCCAGCAUGGCCCCGACACGCGCGUCCCUCACGCGGCGCACCAGCUGCGCCUCUCCCGCUGGGGCGGCACCACGGAGCAUGCGCAGAGGCCGCUUCGCCCCUUCCGGCAGCGCAUCAGAGCGGGGCAACAUGGCGGCCUCCCUGCCCGCCGCCCGCUGGGCCCGCGCCGCCGCAGCAGCAACGGCAGCAUUGCUCUUGGGGUGCUGCGGCGCGGCGCUCGCCAGCAGCGUCCAGGAUCAAGCAGAACAGUUCUUCAGAAGCGGACAUACAAAUAACUGGGCAGUUCUGGUAUGUACAUCUCGAUUCUGGUUUAAUUACCGUCAUGUGGCAAACACUCUUUCAGUAUACAGAAGUGUCAAGAGGCUGGGCAUUCCUGACAGUCACAUUGUCUUGAUGCUGGCAGAUGAUAUGGCAUGUAAUCCCAGAAAUCCUAAACCAGCUACUGUGUUUAGUCACAAAAACAUGGAGCUGAAUGUCUAUGGAGAUGAUGUGGAAGUGGAUUACAGAAGCUAUGAGGUUACUGUGGAAAAUUUUUUGCGUGUAUUAACAGGAAGAAUCCCACCAAGCACUCCUCGAUCUAAACGUCUUCUUUCUGAUGACAGAAGCAAUAUUUUAAUAUAUAUGACAGGCCAUGGUGGAAAUGGUUUCCUAAAAUUUCAAGACUCUGAAGAGAUCACGAAUGUAGAACUUGCUGAUGCCUUUGAACAAAUGUGGCAGAAAAGAAGGUACAAUGAAUUGUUGUUUAUCAUUGAUACUUGUCAAGGAGCAUCCAUGUAUGAACGAUUUUAUUCACCUAAUAUAAUUGCCUUGGCUAGCAGCCAAGUAGGAGAAGAUUCUUUAUCACAUCAACCUGAUCUUGGGAUUGGUGUUCAUCUUAUGGACAGAUACACGUUCUACAUGCUAGAAUUUUUGGAAGAAGUUCAUCCAGCCAGUCAGACAAAUAUGAAUGACCUCUUUCAGGUCUGUCCAAAAAGUUUGUGUGUUUCCACUCCUGGGCAUCGAACUGAUCUCUUCCAGCGAGACCCUCAAAAUGUUCUGAUUACAGACUUCUUUGGCAGUGUAAGAAAAGUGGAAAUUACAACAGAGACAAUUUCUUUGGACCAUGAUUUAGCUGGCUUUGAAAGCGAGCUGCCAAAGGAUGAAUUGGCAACAGAACCACUAAAAUAUGCUGAUCAACUUCCUGUAGCUCAGAUAAUACACCAGAAACCAAAACCAAAGGACUGGCAUCCUCCUGGAGGAUUCAUUCUAGGACUCUGGGCAUUGAUUAUCAUGGUUUUCUUCAAGACCUAUGGAAUCAAACACAUGAAGCACAUCUUCUGAAUUUGAGCAAGCAAGAUGAUUGCAUUGACUGCUACUUUGGAUUCACUGGUGUCAUCUGAGUUUCCUUUAUGUAUAUUAUGGUUGUAGUGAAAAACAGAGUUGGGAUCUCACUUCUAAAUGUUCUUUUGACAUCAUCUUUUCUUCCCGUUUUUCUGAAGUCUAACAAAUGGUUAUAAUAUUAGACAAAUCUUUUUUUCCCCCUUGUUUUAAACAAACUGUUAUGCUUUCUUUUUGACUGUCUUCUAUUUCUGGUUAAAGUUAAAUAAGAAGGGGGAACUUAGACAUCUUAGCAGGCUUUCUGAGGUAAUACUCUUGAAAAAUAAAUAUUUUUUCCCGCUCUGUUAAAUACAACCCUUAGGGUUCAGUCCUUUCACCUUAGGCAAUUUUGGAUUUAGGAUUCUGAGUGGAACUGAAACAAAAAUAUGAUGACCUCACUGAAUCUACUUUUAAAAAAUGGCAAAAAGAGUGAAACUAUGAGCACACUGUUUCCACCAAGAGUGCAUCACAGAUGUCAUCUUUUUCUCCACGUGAUCUGGAUUUGGACAUUUUCAGGGUUUUCAACGCACUGGAUUUUUGCAUAAAGCAAAACUGACUCUAGGAUCAGGAUGAAAGAUGUUAUAAAUUGUACCACUGUAUUCAGUAAUUUCUGAGCACUUGGAAGAUGAGAUUUCUAAUUUAGAUUUUGUAAAUUCUGUUUGGGCAUAUUGAUUUGUUCCUCUUGCACAUGUUACGAUGAAUGCAUGCUAACUGUGUUUUGGCUGUGUAAUACACAGAUACUAGUGAAGAGAAGAACAAAUUUCUGCAUGCAUAAAAACAGUAAGCGCCAACUAGGUGAUGCUCUUGCGGUAUGCUUUUGGAAUCUGUUCUCUAUCCUAAUCAUAAUAAAGCUGAUGCAUACAUGG